AGAAAAGUGUUUUCUUGACUCGAGAUGUUAGAAGGUGCUAAAUCAAUAGGUGCCGGAGCUGCUAUAAUUGCUUUAGCUAGAGCUGUUGUCGGUAUUGGAAACGUCCUCGGUUCUUUGAUUCAUUCGGUGGCGCGAAAUCCAUCAUUGGCUAAACAAUCAUUUGGUUAUGCCAUUUUGGGCUUUGCUCUCGCCGAAGCUAUUGCAUUGUUUUCCCAAAUGAUGGCCUUUCUGAUCUCAUUCGUUUUCCGAUCGCAUAAAAAGUCAUGAGAUCAAAAAAGAAAUGUGAGAAUGUAGUUACAGAUGUAAAAAAAGUCAAUAUCUC